AUGACAAAAAAGGACCUUCGCUUACUUUCCUUGCAUGAGUUCAAACUUGGGUACAAUGCCUUCCAAACUGCUGCCAAUAUCGACAGAGUAUGGGGAGAGGAAUCUACAAGUGAUCGCACAGUACGAAGGUGGUUUCUGAGAUUCCUUAGUGGUAAUGUGAGCUUUGAAGAUGAAGAAGGUAGAGGAUGGUCAUGCAGUCUCGACAAUGAACAAUUGAAAGCAAUCGUUGAACAUAACCCACGUCAAAGUGUCAGAGAAAUGUCAUCAGCAUUUGGUGUCGGUAUAGCAACAGUCUCACGCAAUCUGCAGAAGAUUGACUUAAGUUUCAUCUUACCAAGCAAUAUUACGGAGCUAAUACAGGCGAAACUUCGAAGUAAACUUACCAAUGUUAAUGAAUAUAAUUUUGACGCACCAAACUUUCGAAGACGAUUUAUUUCAGGCGAUAAAAAUGUUUGA